AUGGAUGUCAGUCAGUCAAUUGACAGCGUUAUUGCAGGUAUUUCCAUAAUUCAAGUCUUGGUAUUUCUGUUCCAGAGUUUUUAUGUGGCCACCUCUUGUCAGCUGCGGAGACUGGAAUCCGUGAGCAGGUCCCCCAUCUACACCCACUUCAACGAGACAGUCCAAGGGGUGAGCGUCAUCCGCGCCUUCGGGGAGCAGCCUCGCUUCAUCCUGCAGACCAACCAGAGGGUGGAUGAGAACCAGAAAUCCUACUUCCCCAGAUUUGUUGCCACCAGAUGGCUGGCUGUGAAUCUGGAAUUCCUGGGAAACUGCAUUGUUCUCUCUGCAGCUAUUUUCUCUGUGAUGGGAAAGGGAAUCCUGAGUCCAGGCAUUGUGGGUCUGUCAGUCUCCCACGCAUUGCAGGUGACAGGAAUCCUGAGCUGGAUAGUACGAUCCUGGACAGAUGUGGAGAACAACAUAGUGUCAGUGGAGAGAGUGAAGGAAUACGCAGACACCCCCAAAGAGGCAGCGUGGACCCUGGAAAACAGCCCCCUGUCCCCUGCCUGGCCCCAGACUGGCACAAUCGAGCUCCGGGGUUAUGGGCUGCAGUACCGCAAGGGGCUAGAAUGGGCACUGAAGGACAUCUCCAUCUACAUUCAGGAGAGAGAGAAGGUAGGGAUUGUUGGGAGGACCGGAGCUGGAAAAUCGUCUCUUGCUCUGGGAAUCUUCAGAAUCCUGGAAGCUGCCAAAGGAGAAAUCUAUAUAGAUGGGAUCAACAUUGCCGAGAUAGGGCUCCACGAGCUGAGGUCCAGAAUCACCAUUAUCCCACAGGAUCCUGUGCUGUUCUCGGGCACCCUGCGGAUGAACCUUGACCCCUUUGAUGCGUACUCCGAUGAAGAAGUCUGGAACUCUUUGGAACUUGCUCACCUCAAGAACUUUGUGUCGGGGCUCCCAGACAGACUGAACCAUGAGUGUUCGGAGGGAGGGGAGAACUUGAGCUUGGGGCAGCGUCAGCUGGUGUGUCUGGCUCGGGCUCUCCUUCGGAAAACCAAGAUCCUGGUACUGGACGAGGCAACGGCAGCCGUCGACCUGGAAACUGACAACCUGAUCCAGUCGACAAUCCGCAGCCAGUUUGAGGAGUGCACCGUCCUGACCAUCGCUCACAGACUCAACACCGUCAUGGACUAUACCAGGGUGAUAGUGAUGGACAAGGGUCUGAUUGUGGAAUCAGACACCCCGUCCAACCUUAUUGAACAGAGAGGUCACUUCUACAGAAUGUGCCGGGAGGCCAGCCUGGUAUAAUACCCUCAGUUACAGGGUCUUCCAGUGGAGGUUCCUGAGGUCAUGAAACACUACUUUCCCAGCAAGAUGACGAGGAGCUGGUGAUGUCUCAUCUCGUUGUCAUUAAUGCACUGCUCAAGGAGUCCUGAACGAUCAGGGAAGAAAAUGGGGAAAAACUGGACGUUAACACAAGAUCUUCAGAUGUAUUUUUCACCUUUCAUAAAUAUCCUCUUCUGUGUAUAUUACUGCGUCUCCUUUUCUUUAGUGUCAACCAUGUCUGUUUUUCGUUGUCUUAAUUCAAGAAUGUCUAUAGCUUUGGUUAGACUGGGCCUAACCCUGGAGGUGAAGGUAACAGACUUUGCUGCAGUUCUUUUGCAAGUGUGGUCUUAAACACUAAUCGAGGUGCAUGAAGCUAGAAUCAAAAUGCAUUUGUAUUAAAGUCUCGUUAUUACAGGGCAAUGUCGAGGCAUUUAACAGGAUGCCUUCUACAGACUCUUAAAACAAAGAAUUACUGAAUGUCCAUAUUAUGUUUAAUAUUGCUUUAACUUUCCAAACUCUGACAACACCUUGCUCCCAAGGAGUGAGAUUAGGCAGAAUCACUAUUUAUGUAUCACAAGGGCAGCAAAAUAUUCAUUAGCUUUGGAAACCACACAGGCCUGAUCCAAAAGCACAAAUCAAUAUUGUCAUUUCAGUGUCAGUUGUAACCUUGGUCCCUGUGCCUCAGUGAUGGCAACACUAAAACACAAGGCAGACCACCUCAAUAAACAGGCUCUGCCUGUUAAGUACAAUAGUUCACUCACAUUACUGGUAUCGGUUACUUUGACAGUCUGAAAGUGUAAAUACUGUUCAAUAAAUCCCAAGAAAUACAGCACAGCCUUCCCAUUGUGGCCAUGUCUGGCUGAAUCAGAACAGAACUACAAAUAACAUCUGCUGAUAUGGACAAUGGAUGUCAUAGAUACAGGGUGAUUUUUUUUUUUUUAAAACGUGAAGUUGUCCACUUUGCAAAGGUGUUGUGGAAAACACUAAAAAAGCAUUCUGUACAUACAGUAUAUGAAGUGUGUGAUCCUUCAAGAGGUAUUCAGUGUGCCUGUGAGCACGUUGCAUGCUGCUGCUUUAUUCUAGACAAUGCAACAAAUGCAGUAACACCUUCAGUGGACAGCUAUGGGCCACGUAGUGGAGGGUGUAGAUUACUGUUCCCCACAAUCAUUUUAUAUUUGCUGUUUUACAGCCCUGCAGUGAACUGUUUUUCCAUAACUGUGUCAAAUUGGCCUGCUAACCGUAUAAUUAGUCAGCAUGUGUGUGUAUGUCUAAACUAUUAUUAUAUUCAUACUUCUGUCUGGUUUAUAUUUAAUCUCAUGCUUUUUUUUUGACAACAUGCAUAUAAAGUUUGUACAAUUUUGUAUUUUUUGAAAGAAAUAAAAAAAUAAGUGAUAUGAUUGGUCCUUUACACCCAGCUGUUAGUCCAGACCUAUACAAUAACAUACAGUGAGUCGUCAAGCUGCACUGAUUUGGGAUUUCAUCAUCAAAUUCUUUACAGCUUAAUUUUGCCAGCCCUCCAUUAUUAAUUUUUUUUAAAAUUAUAGUUACAAUUGCUUUUUUAUUACUUUGGCAAUUCACUGCGUCACACAUGCCAGCGGGAGUACAGUAGUUUGUGUAUUUAAACCCAUUCUGUAUGUGUAUUAUACUUAAAGGCAGUUUUAACUCUUGAAAUAUAUUCACACCCCUUUAAACACACGACAUCAAAUGUAUUUAAAAUCCUCAAAGAGCUGGUGCAAUUGUACGUUUCCUAAGGUUUAUAUAAACUGUUUUGGAUUAAUUACUGUGCUUUAUCAAAUAGUUCAUCGUUGCAUUAAGAAAUCACACAGCUGUCCUAUAUGUUACCUUAAAUUCCAAACUAAAGUCUUUUUUAUUCAAGUUUUUUCACAUAAGGACAGCAGAUCCUCUCAAAACAAAACAAGCUGCUCAGUCAGAAUCCAAACUUAAUGUAUAGCUGUGGCCAAAAGUUUUGCAUCACCUAGAAUUUAUAUAACUAUAUGAACAUAAUUUAGGCUUUUAUUUAACA